AGCCAAAUCAGGGACAAAAGUUUUGUCAAUUUGAAAAAAAAAAUUGAAACUGAAAGUUUAAGUAUUAAGCUUGAACUUUGAAAAAUACAAAAAUAUAUUUGAAAUAAAUAUAAGUGUAUUAAAUAAUUUUUCAGCUUGUAUAUAAUUUUGAUUCAAUUCGAAAAUAGUUUUAAACAAUUUUUGUUUUUUUAAUUUUCACUUUUUUUUGUGUAUUUUGAUAUUUGAGAUCUUAUAUUUUUCAGGUGCAAUUUUUUUUUACAGUUUCGAUUUUUUUUUUUUCAGGGUUCAAAUCUUUUUUUUUACUUUCAGAUCUCAGUUUUCAGGUUUCAGACUUUUGGCCCUGAUUUUGCGUGUGGGCGUGGUAUCAUAGGAAAGGGGCGUGGUAUACGGUUGAGGACCUACUCCGGAGGACCCUGUCAAUGUGCCUGCGUGGAUUAUAUAUGUCUGUACGUUCUCCCUCGCGCGAUGGCGUCCGCUCCUCCUGGACAGCCUGCUGGCUCCAGCACACAGGAACAACUGAAAAGGGAUUUUCUUCAGAGACUACUGACUAAAGUUUCUCAGGCCACACAAAGACUGCCCCUAGAUGUUGACUAUUUGCAGUUUGUAGUGAACCAGGAGAUGAUUAUUUUUAGAUCAUUGUCGAGCCAGAUGGAGAUGCCACAGGAUGUUAUCAGUGCUUUGACUGAGCUGUCGGCACUUGUUAACGAAGAGGAAAGGGAUUAUCCAACACCCAGUCACGUAUCAGUGUUUCAAGGGGAGAUGGGCCGUCCUAAAUAUCUUGUAUCUGCUGAACAACUAAAAGGCCUCUUAGAACUACAGCUACCAGUGUCACGCAUUGCAAAACAUCUGGGUGUAUCUGAGAGGACCGUGAAAAGACGCAUGCGUGAGCAGGACCUUUCUAUAAAGCAGCGGUAUAGUAACCUAACUGAUGAACAGCUGGACAGUUUGGUGAGGUCGGUGAAGGCCAGGACACCACAUGUAGGAUACCGAAUGAUGAAGGGAAUUCUGCAGGCCAUGGGCCACCGUGUACAAUGGAACAGAGUGUCUUCCUCUAUGCAUCGUGUGGACUCUGUUGGUGUACUCUCAAGAAUGACUAGGAUGUAG